AUGCCCGACUUGUUUUACGAGUAUCUGCCUAUGAUGCACGCCCUGCUAGGUGGCGUGGAUGAGAAGUAUGAGAGAUUGCACAGGAAGUCCGUGGCCUUCGUGGCAAAGCACAACCUCUACAGACCCACAUUGCCCGAUAACGCAGACAUGGUGACUGUACCUUCAGUUAUAGGUGCGCAGCAGCUGUUUGCUAAGGGGCAGCAACUUCUUACGGACGGAUGUAUCUGGGCAUAUAACGCGACUCAACCCAGGAUGAUGCCCGAGGUAUACCACAUAAUACCUUGCCCCACCGAUAAAUCUUGCAUUUGGGACGAGGCCAAAUACCUCGAAGCCGUCAUUGGUCGCUCAUUCCUAUCCCCUUCCACCCCUCGGUUACGGCAGAGUCGACGAUGCAGAAGCGAUCAUUGCCCGCGAACGUCUUCCCAAAGGCUGCUUCAAAAGUCCAUGCAAGACCGACGAUAUGCCCUGCAUCCAGAAGCCAUCGAGAGUGUCUUCAUCCUCUAUUGCAUCACGGGCCGGAUGAACUUGCUCGAUACAGCCUGGAGAUGUUCACAGCCGUUGAGGAGAUGA